UUGGAAGAGUGAAGUGAAUUGUAGUAGUAGCCAGAGGAAAAUCAUGGCAAGAGCUCUAAUUUGGUUGGUUCUUUUGUUUUUCGUUGUUGUUGGAAUAGUUGCAGGAGAGCAUCAUCAUUGUUGUAAGAACCCGCCAGCUCUUAAUUCAAGCUCUGGUAAUGGACUUGUCGAAGAAAUUGGUGGUCUAAAGACUUAUGUUUCUGGUUCUUUGGAUUCAAAGCUUGGAAUUCUUCUUGUUUCUGACUAUUUUGGAUACGAAGCACCUAAUUUGAGAAACCUGGCAGACAAAGUUGCAGCAGCUGGAUAUUAUGUUGUAGUUCCAGAUUUCUUUCAUGGGGAUCCUUAUACACCUGGCAAGGAUGCAGCAGUGUGGUUUCAAUCUCAUGGAACGGAUAAGGGAGCUGUAGAAGCUAAACAAGUUAUUAAAGCUAUAAAAAGAAAGGGAAUCUCCGCCGUCGGAGCUGCAGGGAUGUGCUGGGGUGGGAAGGUAGUUGCAGAACUAGCAAAGUCCGAUGAUCUCAAAGCUGCUGUGAUGAUGCAUCCUUCAGGGGCUACCGUUGAUGAUAUAAAGGAAAUCAAGGUACCCAUUUCUAUUCUAGGAGGUGAACUCGACAAGCUGUCUCCACCAGCACUUUUGAAACAAUUUGAAGAAGUUUUAUCUACAAAACCCGAGUUUGACAGCUUUGUGAAGGUCUUCAAAGGGGUUGAUCAUGGUUGGACUUUGAGGUACAACAUCGGAGAUAAAGAAGCUGUGAAGCAAGCUGAAAAAGCCCAUCAUUACAUGUUAAAAUGGCUCUCUAAGUAUGUAAGUGUUACUCGUGAUGACGUUCAUUCCUGCAGCCACUAGUCGGGAUGACGUGCAUUCCUACAUCUACUAGCUGCUCAGUUUGUUGUUUUUGUUAAGGCUAUUCUAAAUAAUCGCACACGCACAGGUUCAUAUCUGUAUGUUUUAUCGUAUGUAUCUUGACAUUGUCGUUUUGAAUUUUUACUCAGCGAUGAAUGAAUAAAAGCCAAUGUUUCUCUGUGAUGUUA